UUGCUGCUGCUUUUUGUGCUGCUGACGGCCUUCACCAUCUUCGCUUUCGUGGUGACGGCAGACGGCCCUCGUUUCGACGGGGACGUGGAAAUGAUCACGCGGGGAGAAGCGGCGGGAAACCCGAUUGCCACCAAAUUUCAGGGCUCCUCGACCUGGCUGCAGAAGAGAUUUACGGACGAGGACACUUGGAAGCGAAUCAAACGAUGCCUUCCCAAGACUCGCUUUUGUGACACACUGGGGAACAAGUACUCUUCUUCUUCUUCUACCACUAAUGGUUCCACCGCCGGCUGGGUGACAAUGCCGCCGCUGGAGUCCGGAUGUUGCCGACCCCCACGAGACUGCAAUUUCUCCGUGAUUAACAUCACGUUCUAUGAUCUCAGCACCACCGACGACAGGGUGUCUCUUCCAUCGCCGGCUAGCGGGGUUAACUUGGACUGUACUCUGUACCGUAACAACGCCACGGAAAGGUGCUACGCCUGCAGCUCGUGCAAAGCGGCGUUUCUCGACAGCGCGAGGGGGAGAUGGCGAACGGCGGCGGUAAUCAACAUCUGCGUCAUCGCGCUCGCCUUGGUAAGCUCAGCAUACUUUCUCAGACUCUUCAUCAAGAAAUCGGGCGUCGGACUUGUCACUGGAGCGAGUGCGGACGCUUCUCCUACCCGUAGCAGGCGGUGCGAUCCCCAAUCGUCCGUGCCAGGUCAGCCAUCAAGCGCGUCCACGUCGACAGGCCCUGCGACUGCAUCUGCCGCCGCAGCAGCAGCUGUAGCGGAGGAGGUGCAGGAAGCGGAGAGGACGGCAAGGACGACAGCAGCCGGAUCCCGAUCUCCGGAACGGGAUUCCGCUCAGCCGCCAAGGGACGCGGCGGCAGAUUGUCUGCAGAUGGAAAACGGUCAAAACCAACACUGGGAGUGCUCCGAAAUUCAACCCAAAUAGCUCAAAGCCGAGCUGGGGUAAUGCGCCGUAUGUACGACGCGAAAGUCACUGUGUC